GUGUAUAAUUUAGACACAUCCUUUUUUGUUGUUUUACGGGAUCGUUUGGUGUCUGAAUACCGGAAUGUGCGCGCGGAGUUCCGCGUACACGCACUUGCUGGCGUCGACGGUUCCUUAACUCUUGAUGGUUUAUCAUUUGAAAAUGAAUGUUGCCGUUUUAAAGAUUGCUUAGAAUCAUCCAGAUCCAUAUCUAGUCGUUAUGUGGCAGAGAGAUCGCGUUUACUUCGACGCUGUAUGCCAACAAGUUACGGUUUGGAUACUUGCCGCUGCAGUUUCGUUAAUGGUACUGUGGUAGUUUUCCCCAGUUUAGAUGCCUUUCGGUGUAGCAGUUUCGACACUGAGUUUAAUUCUCGUGCUGUUUCUUUAGACGGUGAUGUUUUAUCUGCUUUUGGCACUGUUGUGGAUAGUUCCAUUUGGCUUCCUGAUGGCCGAUUCAAUCGCUUUGGGGCGCUGAGGCACUUUUAUAUUUACUUGUAUAUAGAUUGUAAAGCGUGCUUGUGUUACUAUUCUAUUGCUUGUCCUACUUUGGAGCCUAAAUUAUCUGAUUCUAUUGUUGACCGUUAUGUUUUUGACGGCUGCCAUAAUGGUGGUUUAACCUCUGUCACUUCUAACAAACAGUUUAACAUAACCCCUGACGACAUUGAACUACUUAAAAGCGUAUGUCCAUCUCCUGCACCUUAUUUGUUCUUUGCAUUUUGGCGUCCUGACCCAGGCAUUGUGACUACUAACCUUGGUUUGAUUUCAGUUUCAGAAAGUGAUCAUGUAUACAUCGAUGGUGUAGAAUGUAGCCUUAGUGACGUAACAUUUUGCGGGUUCGGCAAUAUAUUGGACACGUGGGCAUUGCCUCGUCACUGGAGUACGGCUAUGUUGGCUUUGUGCCACACUUUGUCUUUGUACCGCAAGUCGAUACGGUUCAUGUUAUUGGAUCUUGAUUCUAUGUCAAAUGGGACCACUAAAGAGUGCUUUCCAUCUGCAUUAAUUUAUGAGGUACUGUUUGGAGAUGCUCCCACUAUCGCAGGUGAUAUUGUUAUGAAUUACGGCUACCAUGUGAAUCCCGAGAUGUCAAUAAAUCCAUCAAAAGAUCACGAGCACAUAUAUGACUUUAGUGGUGCGAUAGAUGACAACAGUGCUGAGAGGGUUGACGCUAUGCUUCGAUUACAGAUGAUGACAUGGCGCGUGGUCCCAGAAUUACGCCCACGUGCAAUUUUGGAUUUAUGUGUCUGUAUCAUAGGCGUAGGUUCUUUAGGUUGCCAUUUGGUUCGUCAGCUUCUUGCUUGGGGUGUUGCAAAGUUUAUUUUGAUUGACCAUGGUCGUGUUUCCAAUUCAACCAGGCAGUGCUUAUACUCCAGUGCGUGUGCUACCCAGAAGUUAUGGAAGACUGAUGCGGCAGCAUCUGAGAUUAUUCGUAUACGUCCCGAUGCCACAGUAAUUCCUGUGAACCUUAAGGUACCUAUGCCAGGCCACUCUGACAGUGAAGCUGAUGUAGAACGUAAUUAUUGUGAACUUCGUACACGGAUGUUAUCGUCUGAUGUGGUUUUCCUCGCCACGGAUUCAAGAGAAUCCCGAUGGCUACCAUCUCUGAUUGGUGCUGCUUGUUGGGACUCUUCAAGCGAUGUUAAAAAUGUCAAUACAGACCCUGCAUCAAGACGCCCACUUAUCAUAUCGGCUGGGGUGUCUUUUGACAGCUACAUGGUUGUUAGACAUGGCUAUGGGAGUUUCAAUGGUGGCUGUUACUUUUGCAGUGACGUACAACCACCCAACGACACGAUCUCAGGAAGGCCAAUGGACGAAACCUGUACAUUGGUGAAGCCGGGGGCGGUGUCAAUGUGCGCAUCAGCUUCUACCGAGUUGCUUGUGUCAUUACUUCAACAUAGAGAUGGUUUCCAGGCACAGCAUGAUGCCCAAAGUUGUUUGGGAGGCCUUCCACAUGGCAUACAUAUGACAUUGUCAGAUAUGUCAGUAAAGCAAUUUUACGUUGAGAGAUCUGAUCAGUGUAUAUGUUGUUCGCCUAACGUUAUACAGAAGGUCAGAGAAGACCCCGUUGCUUUUUUGUGCCAUGUGAUACGAAAUCCUAGUGUUUUAAGUGACAUAUCAGGACUUGGAAGUACCCUAAAAAUGGUAUCUUCCUACGAAGCUGGUGUUACUACGGUGGAAUCCGAUUACAUUGUGCUUUAGUAGCAGUACACA